AGGGGGUCAUUAAACAUAUUUAGUUUACUCAGCUCGACUACACGCAGCAAAACUUUUGCAUAAAUUCCAACAAAAUUAUAGAGUAAAUUGAACAGAUUUCGGCAAUAGUUUAUUAUACAAAUCCAAGUUAAAGAUGCAGAUGUGUUGUGAGCGCAUCUCAGCAGUGAUUGCCGGCGUUUUGGUUAGCCUCUGGUAUGGCAAGACCUUCGGCGAUGACAAGAAGAAGGAGGACGAGAAGAAAGCCAAGAAGAAGUAGAGGCCGAACAUUGCGCCGCCUGGUUUACUCAGAAGUUUCGGACAAUAUCACAGCGAUGCUUGCGUGUAACGAGUGAAAACUAUCCAGAGCCUGAGAAGUAGUCAUGAGUGAAGAUACAAUUUAAGCAACAUAACAGAAGGACGAACGUUGGGCUCUAAGACGUAAAGAUGGCGCAAGAAAUUCCAAGAAAUACGGAAAAAGGAUUCUACAUAAUCGUAGAUUAGCAUUCGAAGGGACAGAUAAUCGAUAUGAUUGAAACGCUAAUUGUGCGGAAUCUGAGAAUGAAUGAAAAUAAAAAUGGAAUUAGUUUGGUCCGAUCAUAUCGCCCAUGCAAUGAACAUCUGUCAAACGAUUUACAUACAGUUUAUCGAACAAAAUGUGAUAUUCAGUUCAACGCUUUAGAGUCGAAACAACAUUUAAACAUCAUUUAUCCAGUAUAAAUAAAAAUGCCAGAGAUGCGACGAUCUAUGUGCAGACCACAGCCAUCGUUGAUCUCGCGCUUGAAUUGUAAACCAUGUAA